CCAAUUGUUUCUGUCCUGCGAGGAGCUCGGCGGUCAGACCCUCCCUCCUUCUAUCUCUCUCCCCUCUCUCUCCUCUGUCUCUCGCCCUCUCUCUCUCUCUCCUCCCCUUGUUGUGACAGAGCACACCUGCUUGAUCUUGGCUGCACGCGCUCCAAGUCCAAUUACCCCAUAGGCCCUCACAGCCACUUCAGUCUCAUCCCCUAACUGGACUGGAUUUUUGGGAGUCAAGCUCAUCUCGCACACUUCUUCUCUCUUUGCCUUGGUUCUACAGAGAACAGGCUCCCUGCUAGCAGCACCAUGAGGUCAGCCUGUCUCUCUCUGCUCCUGGUCACGGCCUGCUGGGCACUGCCCUUCCGCCAGUCUGGCUUUCUAGACUUCAUGGUGGAAGAUGAGGCAGGAUCAGGCUUGCCUGAAGGGCCAGAUGUAGGCUUGCCUGUUGUGCCUGAAGGACCCAAGUGCCCCUUCAGAUGCCAGUGCCACCUGCGAGUAAUCCAGUGCUCGGACCUCGGUCUGACGGCAGUUCCUGGGGAAAUCCCAGACGACACCACCCUGCUGGACCUGCAGAACAACAAAAUCACUGAAAUCAAGGAGAAUGACUUCAAGAACCUCAAAGGACUACAUGCUCUGAUCCUGGUGAACAACAAAAUUACCAUCAUCCACGCCAAGGCCCUCAGCCCUCUGACCAAGCUGCAGCGUCUCUACCUGUCUAAGAACAAGCUGAAGGACGUGCCCGCCAACAUGCCUAAGAGCCUGCAGGAGCUGCGCAUCCACGAGAACGAGAUCACCAAGAUCAAAAAGUCUUCCUUCCAGGGCAUGUCCCAUGUCAUCGUCAUGGAGCUUGGAUCCAACCCUCUGAAAAGCGCAGGAGUUGAGGCCAGUGCUUUUGCUGACCUGAAAAGGGUUUCUUACAUUCGCAUUGCAGACACGAACAUCACAGAAAUCCCAAAAGGUUUGCCCAGCUCUCUCUCUGAGCUCCACCUGGAUGGAAACAAGAUCUCCAAGGUUACGGCUGCCAACUUCCAAGGCCUGAAGAACCUCGCAAAACUUGGUCUGAGCUACAAUGAGAUCAGCUCUGUGGAAAAUGGCACCCUGACCAACGUCCCCCACCUGCGAGAGCUGCACCUCGACAACAACGCUCUGACCAGUGUUCCUGCUGGCUUGCCCGACCACAAGUACAUCCAGGUGGUCUACCUCCAUGCCAACAAGAUUGCUGCUGUAGGAACAGGGGACUUCUGUCCUCCUGGCCUCAACCACAAGAAGGCCAUGUACUCUGGUAUCAGCCUGUUCAGCAACCCUGUGCCUUACUGGGAAGUUCAGCCCAUCACCUUCCGCUGUGUCUUCGACCGCUCUGCCAUCCAGCUCGGAAACUACAGGAAGAAGUAGAGCCUCACGCACAUCACCGCAAGGAAGUGUGUGUUUGUAAAUGAGUGUGUGAAAGUUUUCAAAGUGUGCGUGUUUGACCACAGCCCCACAACACUGACCCCUACCAACACUGCCUCCCCACAAAUGAUGAUGUCAUUAAUCCACGCACUAAAUUCAAAUCUCUAGUGGACAUGGACCUCAAACGCAACAUAUCAUUUUUAUUAUUCAGCUUCAAGGUUGGUGCAACAACACACACGGCUUACAGCAAAUAGCAUACUAGGGUGAUGCUCUCACACACAGCACAACAUUCAUAGAAGCAGUUAGGCAAGCAUCAACAUUGUAUGUACUAAUAUGUUCUCACAUAAAUAACAUUAUUUCAUUCAGUGGAUACAUUAAAAUUCAGAGGUUAUACCUAACCAAAAAGAUUUGAAACUUUAAUCAGUGGAAUAUGUUACAAUGCCAUUUGGAUCAACCUUCAGCCACUGUAUGAAUUAUAAAAAAAAGUUGGCCUGUAGAGCAGGCAGCAAGGGGAUAACUUGUGUUUUACAAUACCUUUAACAACUGGUAUACAAGAAUGUACUAGAUAUUACCUGUGUACUAGGAAUAGCAUUUAGAGUGUAACAUUACCAGGCUGCACUCCUUGAAAGAACUCCUGAGUUUCUAUUUGUAUUGUACUCAAUUCAAGUAGAGAUAAAAGCAACCGUGACUUCUAUCACAUUGUGAUUUCUUUUGCUUGCUUCAGUGUUGAAUUAGUUUUGGGUAUUUUCUAUACUUUUUCUUCAUCAUAUUUCCUCUCUUGUUCCUCUCCUAGUGUAUGUUGUUCCAUUAAAAAAAUAAAAAUAAGAUGAAAAUAGCUUAUAGAAAAUGUAGAAUAAACCACAUAUGUUUUAAACAGAAGCCAUUCCCAAAGAGUUUUGUGCAUGCUCUAUUUGUUCUUUUUAUUUUUUUCCUUUCAACUUGAACCUAGCUCUUUCUGGAAUCUCUUGUUAAUGUGUGUAUGUAUUUCUUUCCAUGUGUUCCUGCCCUUUAUCUCUUUUUUAAAGUCAAGAAAUAAUUGGAUCGCGUGUGGACUAGCAUGCCCACUGCAACAAUGUUGGUGCGAAUGUUAUAUGUAUAGACGCUGUAUAUAAAUGCUGUAUAAAAACUUCUUUAAUUCGCUUAAAGGCACAAGCACUUAACAUAGUUCAGACUUAAUAUAUCAGCAACAAAGGUGUUCUUCUUUUUUUCCGGAGCAGGGGCUCCAGCUAAGGUGUCCUGAACAAAAUAAAAAUACUAAUGGAAAAAG